GACAGUGUGGCAACUUUAUGCAAGUUGAAAGAGAAUAACAAAAUUCGGACACACAAAUUUACAUUCGCAGCACAGUUUUAUCACAGCGUUUAUUAUCUAACGCCGCGAUAAAAAUAAAAGUAACAAAUAACGACUUGUGAACAAACAUGUCUGGUUGCUGUGGCUGCUGUUCCGCCUUGCGACCGCGCUACAAGCGACUGGUGGACAACAUCUUUCCAGUGAAUCCAGAGGAUGGCCUGGUCAAGUCCAACAUGGAGAAACUGACGUUCUAUUCGCUCAGCUCGCCGGAUAAACUCGAUCGCAUUGGCGAGUAUCUCUACCAGAAGGCCACCAAGGACAUCAAUCGCAAGCGUUACAAGCUGGCUGAGAUUGCCAUGGAGGCGAUGGACCUGUUACUGCAGGCAUGUCAUGCGCAGACAACGCUGAAUCUGUUUGUGGAAUCAUUUCUGCGAAUGGUCCAAAAGCUGCUGGAGGAUUCGAAUCCGAAUUUAAAAAUAAUGGCCACAAACUCGUUUGUGAAGUUUGCCAACAUUAAUGAGGACACGCCCAGCUAUCAUCGGCGUUACGACUUCUUCAUCUCGAAGUUCUCGUCCAUGUGUCACAGCGACAGUCAGGAUCUGCGUGACAGUCUCCGCUUGGCGGGCAUUAAAGGACUCCAGGGUGUUAUACGCAAAACAGUGUCCGAUGAUCUGGUCGAGAACAUCUGGGAGGCACAGCACAUGGAGAAGAUUGUGCCCUCGCUGCUAUUCAACAUGCAGUCUGGCGACUUGACACCUGUUGAGGAUGCCACCAAUGUGACGCCGCCUGUGCUGGCUGAGGAAGUGCUACGUGAGCUGGUGGGACGUGCCUCAUUUGGACACAUACGCAGCGUGCUGAAACCGCUCUUGACCCAUCUGGACCGUCAUGAGUUGUGGGUACCAAACACCUUUGCUAUACACACAUUCCGCAUUGUGAUGAUCUCAAUCCAGCCGCAAUAUUCGUACACGGUUGUGGAGACGUUGAUGCAGCAUUUGGACAACAAUUUCAAGUCAUCGCCGAAGACACGCACCUCCCUGGCGGUGGUGCUAUCAAAGAUUAUUGCCAUUGCCGCCGGAGAGAGCGUUGGGCCAUCUGCCUUGGAUAUUAUUAACAAUCUGUUGACCCACCUGCGCACAAGUGUGAGCACAACCACUGAGAUAACCACCGAAGAGUCGCAGUACCAGGAGGCGUUGAUAAAUGCACUUGGCGAGUUUGCUAAUCAUCAUCCGGACUAUCAGAAGAUUGAAAUCAUGUUGUUCAUCAUGAACACAGUGCCCGAUCUCUCCAAGAAGAGCAAAGGCGAUCAGAUGCUGCAGAAUAUAUUGCUGAAAUCGCUGCUCAAGGUGGGCAACCAGUACAGUACGGUCUCGUUUGAGAAAGCCUUUCCCGCCUCUUUCCUGCAACCGCUGCUGCGAAUGGCGCGCGCUCCACACGAUCCAACACGGAUGAUUGUCAUGCAGAUCCUUCAGGCGUUGCUCGAUCGUCACCAGAACGAGCAAGUUCUUAGCAUUGUCAGCGUUAAGCCGUAUCCGGCUCUUUCUCAGGAGCCACCGUCACGCUCCGACAUCAUCUUCACGCACAAGUACGGCGCAAAUAUUAUGCAAGCCAUUAUCGAUAGCAUGGCACUGUCGGAUCGGGUUGAUGCUCUGUCCGCCAGCUAUAAUACGGCUGCUCUGCUCAUUGUAGAGAUGUCCUGCAGCGAAACGGUGCAGGAGUUCUUGUUGUUCAUCUUAGGCAUACAACAAGUGGCAAGCACAGUGGAGACCUUGGAAGCCGCCCACAGAUGCAAUUUGCAUGCGAUAUCAAUUGCCCUGCUGGUGCUAAUCUCACGGGUCAGUGGCAUCAACAAUCUACUCGAAUAUGCGCAAAAGAUAAUCGAGGCACGUCGCGAUGAGGCAACAUACUAUUUGCCGCCGUUGAUGGAUCCCAAAAAGGUGUCGACAAAGAAUCUGAAUCUGUCGUUGCCUCAUCUGGCCAUUGACAAGUUGGCGCUGGGUGAAUGCAUGCAGAAUGCCGGCAUGGAUGCACAACGUCUCAAUACAGGAGCACCGUAUAUGCUGAAUCAAACUGAUAAUCCAGGACAUCGUCAUUCCUGGGUCGAUUCAGUUAGCGCCCACAUGACGCAACGCAAUAGCUCCGCCGAUUUGACGGUUUACAAUGGCGAUGUGGACAGUGUGAACAGCUCGCCUGGCAUCUGCAAGAAGAUCCUAUCACCCGAGUACAACUUUGAUGCCAUGAAACGCGCCCUGGCCGAGCCAACGGAGGCGGCGAAACGUGAGCAACGCGAACGGCAAUUGCAAAUUGUACGCACCUUCCGCGAAGGCGAAUUCGAUGACCUCAUGCGACGCACCGAACCGAAGCACGAUCUCAUCCAGAAUCGUCUCAACGAACUAUUCAACUCGCUUGCCGUGGAGCGACAAAUAACGCAAAGCGACAACAAGACAGCCCAGCUUCAGGCUAAUAAUAAUGAAAAGCCCGUCUACGAGACAAAAUUCCCCGAGCUGUUCUAUUAUUAAAAUCAUCAAUCAAUUUUAAAAGGGGCACUUAGAUACUGCAAAGGAAUAAAUAUUAGUAUCUAAUAAUAUAAUUAGCAAAAUUGUUUGUACGUUACGGGCAGGGUCAAUUUUAUGUACAUUUUUGUUAUUUAUAAAUUAAAUUGUUAAACAGCUAAAUAAAUAUAUUCGUUAAACCUAUAUAUCUAACUAUAAA